CCUCCGAGUCGAACAUCCACCAAUUCAGAAUACCUAGUCUGUCAUUCCCUCUUCUCCAGCGAAUCGCCGCCGCUAUGCAUAUCGACUGUCUACUUUUUCUCUUAAUCAAAAUGUUUUUGCCUCAGUUUGCCUUGCCGGUCCCUCCAAUGGACUCCGGUAGCGCCCGUGCCCUCGGGGGAAGAAUUGGAGAGGCGGAGAGAGUUACGAGAGAGAAGAUUGUAACUGUGAAGAUUAAUAUGGAUGGUCAUGCCGUCGCCGAGAUUAAUACGGGAAAUGCUUUUUUUGAUUUCUUGUUGAAUCGACUUGCUUCAGAUGGAUUAUUUGAUGUGCAUGUGAAAAUCACCGGUGAUUGUGAUGAUUAUCACACAACUAAAGAUGUUGGCGUAGCAAUUGGAACUGCCUUGAAGCAAGCACUUGGUGAUAGGAUAGGAAUAAACCAACUUGGAUGCUUCUCAGCUGCUCUUGGUGAUGCACUUGUACUUGUUUCAUUGGAUUUAUCUGGAAGGCCACAUUUGAGUUAUGAUUUGCGAAUACCAAGAGAAACAGUUGGAACUUACGACCCACAGCUUGUGGAGCACUUCUUUGCGUCCUUAGUCGAUGCCUUUGGAAUGACACUACACAUACGACAGUUUGCUGGGAGGAAUUCCGACCACAUCCUAGAGGCAACCUUCAAGGCUUUUGCAAGGGCUCUUAGGCAAGCAACGGAAUAUGAUGCUCGCCGCCAUGACAGUGUGCCAAGCUUGGAAGGUGUCUACCAACUUUCUUGACACUUCACUAACUGUGCUGAAAGUUGGAUACCUCUUUUAUCAUGGAGCGAAUGAAGCACGUUUGUUUGUAAAGCAAGCCAGACCCUCAUAUUCAUAGCAUAGUUUCGGCAUCUGGUGACCAGUUGGGGAACAUACAUCCUCUUCCUCUAUAAUGUGGAUCAUGGGAAUUUGCAUUUUACUGUUAAAAGGUGUUAGAAUCUGAUUUUGAUAGUUUUCCACCUUUAACGACUGCAAGUUAAUAAGGUUUCUCGGAUUCUUUACUUCAAUGUUUGUGUGUAAUCUAAAAUUUUAUUAUAUCCGUUUAAUUAUAAAUGAAAAAGAAAAAAAAAUUGAGUUGUUUUA